AAAUUAUUAGUCAUAACUGUAGCAACAAAAGAAAAUGAUGGAUUCCAUCGAUUUAUGCAGUCAGCCAAAUAUUUCAAUUAUACUGUGAAGGUCCUUGGUCAAGGAGAAGAGUGGAGAGGUGGUGAUGGAAUUAAUAGUAUUGGAGGGGGCCAAAAAGUGAGAUUAAUGAAAGCAGUCAUGGAACAAUAUGCCAAUCAAGAUGAUCUGGUGGUCUUGUUUACUGAAUGCUUUGAUGUCAUAUUUGCUGGUGGCCCAGAAGAAGUUCUAAAAAAGUUCCAAAAGGCAAACCACAAAGUGGUCUUUGCAGCAGAUGGAAUUCUAUGGCCAGAUAAAAGACUAGCAGACAAGUAUCCCAUUGUGCACAUUGGGAAACGCUACCUGAAUUCAGGAGGAUUUAUUGGUUAUGCUCCGUAUAUCAAUCGUAUAGUUCAACAAUGGAAUCUCCAGGAUAAUGAUGAUGACCAGCUCUUUUACACUAAAAUUUACAUUGAUCCACUAAAAAGGGAAGCUAUCAACAUCACAUUGGAUCAUAAAUGCAAAAUUUUCCAGACCUUAAAUGGAGCCGUAGAUGAAGUUGUUUUAAAAUUUGAAAAUGGCAAAGCCAGAGCUAAGAAUACAUUUUAUGAAACAUUACCAGUGGCAAUUAAUGGAAAUGGACCCACCAAGAUUCUCCUGAAUUACUUUGGAAACUAUGUGCCUAAUUCGUGGACACAGGAUAAUGGCUGCACUCUUUGUCAAUUUGAUACAAUUGACUUGACUUCAGUAGAUGUCUAUCCAAAUGUAACAAUAAGUGUUUUUAUUGAGCAACCAACCCCUUUCCUGCCUCGUUUUCUGGACACAUUGCUGACUCUGGAUUACCCCAAAGAAGCACUUAAAGUUUUUAUUCAUAACAAAGAAGUUUAUCAUGAGAAGGACAUCAAAGUAUUUUUUGAUAAAGCUAAACAUGAAAUCAAUACUAUAAAAAUUGUAGGACCAGAAGAAAGUCUAAGUCAAGCGGAAGCCAGAAACAUGGGAAUGGAUUUUUGCCGUCAGGAUGAAAAGUGUGCUUAUUAUUUUAGUGUGGAUGCAGAUGUUGUUUUGACAAAUCCAAGGACUUUAAAAAUUUUGAUUGAACAAAACAGAAAGAUCAUUGCUCCUCUUGUAACUCGUCAUGGAAAGCUAUGGUCCAACUUCUGGGGAGCAUUGAGUCCUGAUGGAUAUUAUGCACGAUCUGAGGAUUAUGUGGAUAUUGUUCAAGGGAACAGAGUAGGAGUAUGGAAUGUCCCAUACAUGGCUAAUGUGUAUUUAAUUAAGGGAAAGACACUCCGAUCAGAGAUGAAUGAAAGAAACUAUUUUGUUCGUGAUAAAUUGGAUCCUGAUAUGGCACUUUGCCGAAAUGCUAGAGAAAUGACUUUACAAAGGGAAAAAGACUCCCCUACUCCGGAAACAUUCCAAAUGCUCAGCCCCCCAAAGGGUGUAUUUAUGUACAUUUCUAAUAGACAUGAAUUUGGAAGGCUAUUAUCAACUGCUAAUUAUAAUACUUCCCAUUAUAACAAUGACCUCUGGCAGAUUUUUGAAAAUCCUGUGGACUGGAAGGAAAAAUAUAUAAAUCGGGAUUAUUCAAAGAUUUUCACUGAAAAUCUAGUUGAGCAGCCUUGUCCUGAUGUUUUUUGGUUCCCCAUAUUUUCCGAAAAAGCCUGUGAUGAGCUAGUCGAAGAAAUGGAGCAUUAUGGCCAAUGGUCUGGGGGAAAACAUCAUGAUAGUCGUAUAACUGGUGGUUAUGAAAAUGUCCCAACUGAUGAUAUCCACAUGAAGCAAAUUGAUCUGGAGAACGUAUGGCUUCAUUUUAUCCGGGAGUUUAUUGCACCGGUUACACUGAAGGUCUUUGCAGGCUAUUAUACAAAGGGAUUUGCACUACUGAAUUUUGUAGUAAAGUACUCCCCUGAAAGACAACGUUCUCUUCGCCCUCAUCAUGAUGCUUCUACAUUUACCAUCAACAUUGCACUCAAUAAUGUGGGAGAAGAUUUUCAGGGAGGUGGAUGCAAAUUUCUAAGAUACAAUUGCUCAAUUGAAUCACCACGUAAAGGCUGGAGCUUCAUGCAUCCUGGGAGACUCACACAUUUGCAUGAAGGACUUCCUGUUAAAAAUGGAACAAGAUACAUUGCAGUGUCAUUUAUAGAUCCCUAAGUUAUUUACUUUUCAUUGAAUUGAAUUUUCUUUUGGAUGGAUGACUGGCAUGAACAUAUCUUGGAAGUUGUGCUUGAGAAGAUGAGAGGAAUAUUUAAAUAACUACUACAGAACAACUUCACUUUGGGCCAAACAUUUGAAAAACUUUUUAUAAAAAAUUGUUUGAUGUUUCUUAAUGUCUGCUCUGAGCCUUAAAACACAGUUUGAAGAAAAGAGAAAAAAAAGUAAAAAAUAUUUAUUUCUAUUCUUUAUUAUCUCUGAGAAUAAUGACAAUUUUAUGAAUUUGUGUUUCAAGUGGAUAAAAUAUUCAGGUACAAAUGUACAAGUGAUCAACAAGAAUAAUAAUAUUUUCUUAUUUUUAAAAAUCUGGGAAGAAUUUUAUUUAUCAACAUGUAGAGGAAAUGUAGACAAAAUGGAUAUAUGUGAAAUUAAUAAGUUUUAAAACCUUGGAAAUCUGAUUCUCACUGAAUUUUAUGCAAUUGUGAAAGUACCUUUUUGACCAUCUUUGCAGGCCUUAUUUACAGUAAUUACUAAGGAAACACAAAGAAAAUAUUACACAAUGUUUUUCUGUAAGAAAAUUAGAACAAAACACAACUGGGGAGUAUAUUCAGUUGAAAACAAUUUUGUUUAGAUUGUAAGGCAGAUUAGUUUACAUUUGUAUUAGAAAUUAAACCCUAUGCUUCUUCAGAUGAAUCUUCCAAAGUAGUUAUGCUAAGUAGAUAUUAGAUUUAGAAAAGUAUUUCCACUUUAUAAAAGUAUAUUAAGUAUUGACUUAAGAUCGACAUGUGUGCUUAAGUCAAAACAGAUUUUUGUUUUAUUUCCUUUUUAAAAAAGUUCUAGAAAAUAGUGAGAGAAAAAACAACAGUUUGAGAUUAGAAGUGCAUUUGAUGAUUUUUUAAAAAAAUUCUUUAAGUACUUGAAUUUUAUAUCAGGAAACUAAAGUUGAUGAGCCUUGCUUCUUCCUUUUUCCCCCUUUGUCUCUCUUCUUAUUCUUUUUGUAGGGAAGAGUUAUUCACUUUUUUCUCUUCUUGGCAUAAUCUCCUUUUACUCGUUUUAGCAUCUUUAUUAUUUUCCCUCUAUCCUACUUUUUAAAAAUUCCUCAACAAAAAUAUUUGUUGACUUCAUGUUUCAUCAUUUGUCUGAGUAAGGUUUAAAUAUCUUUAUUGUAGCUACUGUUUUUAAUUUAAAGAUUAAACUUGAAAAUAAGUUCUUAAUCAUGGUGCCAAAAUUCAUUUUCUAACACCAUGUGUUAGAAAAUUAUGAAAAAUAAAAUAAUUU